AUGUUUGUUUCAGUUUUGUAUAUGAAGUUUUGGCGCCGUUUGACCGGUGUACAUCGGCUACAACGUUAUACAUGUAACAGAGUAGGAUCUGCGGCUCAAAUUAAAGCUAAGAAACAGGUAGCUGGUAAGUUAAAAUUAGAAUUGGCACAAUUCGCAAAAUUAGAAGUCUUUGCGCAAUUCGCUUCUAAUCUCGAUAAAGCUACUCAUAAUCAAUUGACAAGAGAUAAGCGAUUACGCGAGUUGUUCAAACAAUCCCAAUCUGCUCCUCUCACAGUGGAGGAACAGAUAAUGACUAUUUAUGCCGGAACGACGGGUUAUCUUGAUUCACUAGAAGUUGGACAAAUAAAUAAAAUUUUCUUUGAGUUACGUACUUGCUUAAAAACGAAUAAACCUGAGUUCCGAGAAAUAAUAUCUUCUACUAAAACAUUCAUCGAAGAAGAAAAAGGCCUUUUGAAAGAAGCUAUUCAGGAAUUGAAGGAGCUAUUCAGGAACUGA